CAUGCACUGCGCCUGCGUGAUAUCGGCAGGCCUUCUCGGCCGCCGUCCCCGGAAACACUUCCUUCCCACGCAGCCGCGGGCCGCAAGCUAUUCGGCCUCUCUAGGCCGGCUGGUCCUCUGCUCCAUGGUCCUGGCUGUCGGCGCAGUUUCGGGAGUGCACGGCUGAGGCCCGGCCGCGCCGCGCGGAGCUUCGAUCCUCGAGCCGGUCGCGGGUAGUUCGGCGGCCGCGGACCGAUGGCGUGGCAUCGGUGACAGGCGCGAGCGGCUGCCGAGCCCCGAGGGCCGGCAUGGCGGGCCAGUUCCGCAGCUACGUGUGGGACCCGUUGCUGAUCCUGUCGCAAAUCGUGCUCAUGCAGACGGUCUACUAUGGAUCGCUGGGCCUGUGGCUGGCGCUGGUGGAUGCGCUCGUGCGCAGCAGCCCUUCCCUAGACCAGAUGUUCGACGCAGAGAUCCUGGGCUUUUCCACUCCUCCAGGCCGGCUCUCAAUGAUGUCCUUCGUCCUCAACGCCCUCACCUGUGCCCUGGGCUUGCUGUACUUCAUCCGGCGAGGGAAGCAGUGUCUGGAUUUCACUGUCACUGUCCAUUUCUUUCACCUUCUGGGCUGCUGGCUCUACAGCUCCCGUUUCCCCUCGGCGCUGACCUGGUGGCUGGUUCAAGCUGUGUGCAUUGCACUCAUGGCCGUCAUUGGCGAGUACCUGUGCAUGCGGACGGAGCUCAAGGAGAUCCCCCUCAGCUCAGCCCCUAAAUCCAAUGUCUAAAGUUGGGCCCUUUGGACACUGCUGGCACUUGGGCCGCCUGUCACCUUGGGCUGCUCACACCUCUAGGUGGGGUCUAGUCCAAGUCUGAGAGGAACCCUGGAAAUGUGAAGUCUGUUGGUGGAGGGAUAGUGAGGUCCCGUCACAAAGUUAGGUAGCAGUCAUGAUCACAGCUGCAAGAAUGGCUUCUGCCUGCUCAAGCCUUGAUAUGUGGAGGCCAUUGUGGGGACUUCAUUGAUUUGGAAAUAACAGAUUUGGAACCAUGUCUCUAUUGAGCCAUCAUUCUGUCACCAGCCUGUUACUUAAAAAAAAAAAAUCAAGGAUAUCUGAUUGGAGCAAACCACUCUUCUGCUCAUCUGUCUACCCCCUGGGACAGCUGGUACUUUCGCCAUGUUACCAAACCACAGUGACUCUGUGUGAAGAAACAUUUUGAUUUCUGGGUCCACAGCCACAGAAAGAGAUGUAGGUACAAAGUACUAGGCUGCUGACAGAGGACAACAGAUGGAGGAAGCAUCAAGCACAAGAAAAAUGCAUAGCCUGUGUCCGUUAGACACACCCGUGUGUUCUUUGUGCAUUCAAGAACCCAUGCCUGACUUCCUCCAGUUCCUUGUAUGGACCCUAUCUUGCUGCCAUCUCUCAAUACAGCAGGCCACAGGACCCAGAGAAGAUCCCAGCAUCCCUCCCGGCCUUAGCUUCAUAAUAAAAGCCACUGUCUGCUCUCUAGGAAUGACCAGGCAUCCAGCUCCCACUGGAUUGUGGCACUGAGUUUUUGUUUCCUGUUUCAUUUGAAUUCUGUGGUAGUGGAGGGCGUACUGAUGGCGCUGGGGGAAAUAGGAGUUUGCUGCUAAGGCUAGAGUUUUCUCUAGAGCGCUUUCCUCUGUGAGGGGCUGGCGGCUGUCCUUCGUAGGAAGACAAAUACAGUAUUUUCCACA